GUCUGGAGGUAGAUCUACACCAACGUGUCCAGAGAGAAACACCACGAUUCAACCUCCAGGCAGGCAACCCCCCUACACAUAAUGAAGCUUUGGUUGCCCUUCAUUCUAUUGGUCUGUGGCACCAUCAAGUGUGAGGAGCCAGGAAUUAAAGGGAGACUAACCCUGAAAGGACUACAUUAUGGUUGGCAGGUGAUGUUAAAAGAACUUCAGAGGAGACUUUCUUCCUUACCGAUCCCUGAUGUUUCCGGCUCAGUCUCUGUCCCAGUGCUGGGGAGAAUUUACUACUCUGUCAGUAGCUUACAGAUUCAGGAGUUGGACCUGUCUCAUUCAGAUGCUUCUUUUUCCACGGAUACUGGGCUCCAGGUGUCAGUGAGUGAUGGUCGGACCAGAGUCACUGGAUACAUAGAAAUAAGGACAGUCCUCUUUGGUGCUUCUGCUUCGCUGGAGGUGUCAGUGAAUGGUUUGUACCUUUCUGCUGUUCUUGGACUCACAAGAGAUGACCUUGGACACGGUGCCAUUUGGAAUGCAGGGUGCAGCUCCAGUGCUGGCCAAGUGGACCUUCACUUCCAUGGUGGAUCUGGGUGGAUUUUCAACAUGUUUAAAGGUUCAAUUCUUGGCCCCAUUCAUGAUGCCUUCAGCCAGCAGCUGUGCCCCCAGUUUGACAAGACUGUUAUGCAGAUGGAGAAACUACUGAGCAGCCUUCCAGUUACACAACCAGUGGAUUCAGUGGCUGCCCUGGAGGUGGCUCUGGUUUCUCCUCCACUAAUUACUGAGCAGAAUGUGGAUCUUCUUGUGAAGGGGCAAUUUGUUGGGCUCUCCCAGCACUGGGAUAUUCCUUAUUCCCCAGUGGAGAUUGACCUCCCAGAUGCAGACUCUGCCGUUGUUUUUGCCGUGUCACAGUUCUCCGCUAACUCUGCCGCAUACGUGCACUACAAAUCUGGGCUUCUCAGGGCCAACAUCACAGAUAACAUGAUCCCUAAGGAAUCUCCAUUUCGGCUUAAUACAAAAAGCUUUGCAGCCUUUGCCCCUGAGCUUCCAAACCGGUUCCCAGAUUCCCCCCCACUUCUCCUGCAAGUUUCUGCUCAGUCUCCCCCUGAAGUGACCUGCCAGGCAGACUUACUGACUCUCAGCGUUUCACUGGAUCUACAAGUGUCUGCUUUGUACCCCCAGCGCCCACUAGUCCCCGUCUUUGAACUCCAAGCAGACUUUGAAACUCAGAUAAAUAUUCUACUAUCGGAAGAGACUAUGGGAGCGCAACUGGCAUUGCGAAAUUUCUCUCUUGCACUUCUCCAUUCUGAUGCAGGGCCUGUUAAGGUUGAACAACUACAGCGCAUGAUGAGUUUCGCAUUGAAGGGCAUCAUUUUUCCACUUCUUAACAAGAAGUUACAGAACAUAUUUCUGAUACCAACACCUCUUGUUCGGCUCCAGAACCCAACUGUCAGAGUUUUCCAGGGGUACCUGGUGGUGGUAUCUGACCUUGAGAUAGACAUAUGGACUCAGCCCCAGAAGAUCCUGGAUGUUGCCUGGGAGAUCCCAAAGAGACACCAAUCCUCUACAUCUCUCUAAAAGAGCAGUAUAUCAAAAGAAGCUGUCAUAUACAUCCAUUGUAUAUUAUACUGGAACUGAAAUGAAAAUUCUACUGGUACCAG